GUCAAAUUGACUGGUAACUUUCAAUGCUGUCAUGCGCCUAAAAAAUUAUUUUGUUUUGGUUACUGCACUCGGCCUUACUGCAUUUUAUUGUUUUUUGAAAACUCCUGUUUAUUGAUGUAAAAGUGAAUCCAAUUAUAUUAAAGCUAUAGGAAACAAGAAUGGCCUUUAGUGAAAUUUGUAGAAUUUGUUUAUGCAUUAAUGUACGCAUGUUUGUUCUAAAGAAGACUAGUCUCCGAAAUUUGUAUAAAACAUUGACGAACAGUUUUAUGGAUGAGGAUGAGGAGCCCAUUAUUGUCUGUUUCACCUGUCAUGCAAGACUCAUUCGUUGCAGUACAUUGCAACAACAGGCUAUUGAGUCAAAAACAGUUCUGGAGCAGUUGCUUGCAGGAGGGUCCAUGUCAAUACCAAAAUCGCAUAAGAUUCAAUUCACACCAAUUAGUCAUAUAGAUAUCAGGCCAGUAGAGUGUGAUAUAGAAAAUGAUUGUAAGAACGAAAUGUUUAGCCUUGAAUCUGUUAAAGUUGAGAAAGAGAAUUUUGAAAAUGAGAAUUACAAUUUUGAAGAAAAUGGGAAUCAUGAAAUAGAGAAUGCUGAAAAACAAGAAGAUUUGGAGAUUGAUGCUUUUGAAGAUAGACAGACGGAGUUGGAGGACGACUUGCCGCUAAUUGCAUUUGGUUCAAAGAGUAAAAAAGAUGACGAUGACAUAGAAACUUCUGAGAAGAUUAAAUCAAAUUCUACUGAUUGUAACAUAAACGAUGUUCGUGAAGAAAACCUCGAUUUUAAAGGCCCUACUAUUCAAUCAAACCCCAAAAUGAAAAAAAAUAAUCAACCAAUUAAUAAAAAAGGGAAGCAUCCUGCAAAGAUAAUGAAAACGAAAAUUUUGAAACAAAAGAGUGUAAAUAUGUUUACGAAACAAACGUCUGGGGCAUCAACUAAAUACAAUUUUGAAUGUGAUGGUUGUAGUAAAAAAAAUUCAACAAAAGACAUUAUCGCCAAACACAUUUCAUACAGUCAUAAGACGAAAAAGAACUCAGACACCACUGCAGUUCGGACACAAGUAGAACAAACUGCAGUACCACAACAAACAGAAAUAUUUAAUUGCGAUAUGUGCGAAUUUAAAACAUCUCAAAAAUGUUACAUUUUGGCACAUCUUAAAGCGCACGUCGCUAAACAAAUGUACUGUUGUAAUAAUUGUGAAUAUAAAUGUAUUAGAAAAAGAGAUUUGCAAAAACAUAUGAAAAUACACACCGGUGAAAAACCUUUUUCGUGUAAUAUCUGUGAAUAUAGAUGUAUUACAAAAAGUAAUUUGCAAACCCAUAUGAAAAUACACACCGGUGAAAAACCCUUUUCGUGUAAUAUCUGUGAAUAUAGAUGUAUUAAAAAAAGUCAUUUGCAAGCACAUAAUAUGAAAAUACACACCGGUGAAAAACCUUUUUCGUGUAAUAUCUGUGAACAUAGAUUUAUUAGAAAAUGUGAUUUGCAAAGACAUAUGAAAAUACAUACUGGAGAAAAACCUUUUUCGUGUAAUAUCUGUGAACAUAGAUUUAUUAGAAAAUGUUAUUUGCAAACCCAUAUGAAAAUACACACCGGUGAAAAACCCCUUUCGUGUAAUAUCUGUGAAUAUAGAUGUAUUAAUAAAAGUCAUUUGCAAGCACAUAAUAUGAAAAUACACACCGGUGAAAAACCUUUUACUUGUAAUAUCUGUGAACAUAGAUUUAUUAGAAAAUGUGAUUUGCAAAGACAUAUGAAAAUACAUACUGGAGAAAAACCUUUUUCGUGUAAUAUCUGUGAACAUAGAUUUAUUAGAAAAUGUUAUUUGCAAACCCAUAUGAAAAUACACACCGGUGAAAAACCCUUUUCGUGUAAUAUCUGUGAAUAUAGAUGUAUUACAAAAAGUCUUUUGCAAAGACAUAUGAAAAUACAUACUGGAGAAAAACCUUUUUCGUGUAAUACCUGUGAAUACAGAUGUAUUACAAAAAGUUAUUUACAAAAACAUUUAAAAAUACACACUGGUGAAAAACCUUUUUCGUGUAAUACCUGUGAAUAUAGAUGUAUUACAAAAAGUAAUUGGCAAACACAUUUAAAAAUACACACUGGAGCAAAACCUUUUUCGUGAGCCAUGUGGGAAAAUAUGUACAAUAUUGUGUAAAUGUGUUUUAUAUUAUAUAAAUAUGUGUGUACCAGAUAAAAAUAUAUUUUUUGUG